AUGAAACAGUCGUUUAUAAAAGUCAACAAAAGCAAUAUACGAUUAUGAACAAACGAUUUCUUAUCAAGAAAUAAUUGUGAACGAACCCGCCGAUUUCCCAGAACUGGCGGGAAUAAGUCGAGUCUCCAAUUUCACAUCUAUUUAUUGUUAUUUUUUGUUGAUUUGAAAUGACUGAGAGAACAUUGGAAGAAGUAAACGAGAUGCUUCACAUGGCGAAGCUGAGUGAAGCUGACAUAUUACCAGUGUCCCAAGUGCUCAGCUUCCAUUCUGAUUAUGGUGAACAUACGAAAUAUAAACUGCUGGAAUUGGAUGAUAACUUGCUGAAGUUGAUACAAGAGCCUUCAGCCCGACUGUAUCUAAAAGGCGAAGAUGAUGAGGACGCUGUCCUUUGCACACAAUCCAUGACUUACAAAAUAGUCGACGCCGAAACAUCAAACAGUCUAGUAUUAACUAGAGAUCUUAAAUUCCCACAAGAAUGUAAAGACACCUCACAAGAAAGAAAUUUACAUAAAACUUUUGCUCAUGGCAUAUUUUACAAUUACAUAGAGGUGAACCAGAUCAAAGCUAAUCUUAGGAAACUUAGAGAUUUACUGUCGGGUACUAUGUACAAAGGCCCUGAAUAUGAAGGGCUGGUUAAUCAAAACGAAUUAUACACUCUACAAGAUUUAAUCUUGAAAGUGCAAGCCUCAGAGGAUGAAAUCAAAAAUGCCUUACUUUCCUUGGAUUAUGCAAUUAUUGAUGGAAAAGUAAGAAUGUUUGAUUUUGAAUAUCAUUUCAGAGUGCUGUCCUACAUGUUAAAAGUGGUUGAAGAGAAUUCCUGGUCAGUUUUUAAUAUAAACGUAGAAGAAACGAAAGAAACGUUAAAUGAUUUGGUGCCUUUAGAUGUAUUAAAUGCAUUGUGUGAUCAGUUUGUUGAAGAGAUAGUUGAGGAUGGUAUCAUAAGACAUGCCUACAAUGAACCAAAAGUGUGCAGUUUCUUUGCCAAAGUGAUCCUAAAGAAUGCCGGAAAGUUUCAUUUGAACGAUUUUCUUCAGGCAUGGAGUGAUUCUGUGCCCGAGGGUAUGAGACCUAAAGAGGAAAUGUUGUAUGGAAUUGCUAUUAUUGACAGAAAUGCGAAUCCUAAUGUGAUUAGAAGUUAUAGUGAGGAUAGUUUGCCAGAUAACAUUUUGGAAAGGCUGCAACAACUUUUUCAAGUCAAAGAGAAGUGGUCUGUGCCUGAGAUUACACCUUAUAUAGAACCAAUAACAACUCACAAAUUGGAUACAAAUGCACUCCUUGCGCGAUACGCCAGAGCAUCCACCCAUAAUGGGGUAAAAUACUACUCCGCAAAACAUGCCAAAUAAACGUUGGAAUAUUUUAAUUUAAAUUAUCUAUUUAACAUUAAAAAUGCUUUAACAAAUAUAUAUUUUCUAUUUAACAACGAAAAGUUUUUAAUUUCUUGUAUUUCUCCCAAUAUAAACUCGUCCUAA